AUGUCAUCAGAUGCUUCAAAGCGUAAGCUAAGUGAUACUUCAUCAUCAUCAGUCGGGGUAGUACCUCAAAAACGGAAAAGAAAGACAUUUAGUUGUACAUCAUGUCGAAAAUUGAAAACAAGAUGUGAUUUUGAACCUCAAUUUGGGAAAUGUCAUCGUUGUAAUGUUUUAAAAUUGGAUUGUUCAUUAACUUAUGAGCGUCGUGAUGAAAUAGAGUCUGCAGUAUUGGAACAAGAGGAGAAUAACAAUAAUGAUGAUGAUGGUGGUGGUGGUGAUCUUGGUAAAGGUAAAACCGGGGUUAUUAAGAAUGAUACCAUUCAAGAUAUACAUGAUAUCAAGACUAAACUGGAUAAGCUAUAUGAUGUUUUAGUAUUGGAUAAACCUAUCAAGGAGGCACCUAAACAUGGUAAUUCAGAUUAUGAAUAUUUCAAAGGAAUGAAGAGUAAAGUCAAUUAUUUGGAUAAUUCUAUUAAUAAUGCUCCAUGGAAUGUUAUCAACAGGAUUGAUUUUAAAUUAUUUAAAAAAUUCAAAAAAUAUGAAUUUUUUGAAAAAUUAUGUAAAGAGGAAUUUUUACAAGGAUUUUAUUUUGAGAAUCAAGAUUUUUGUUUAAAAUUGGCAAAUAAUUUUUUAACAAAAGCUCAUUUUUGGAUAAUACCUGGUGGAUUAACUAAGAUUGAUUCAAAUUAUAUUUUAAAGAAUCCAUUCAUAAGUUCAGUUUUCAUUUUGAUAAGUUUAAAUUUUGAUCAUCAAGAAAUUAUCAAGACUUUGAAUGAAGAUGAAUUACAGAAAAAAUUAUUUUGGAUAGUGAGGAAAUUAUUAGGUUUAUCAAUGACAAUUACACCAUUAAGUGAUCAUGAUAUUGAAGCUAUAUUAUAUUGUUCAAUUUAUAAUAUAGCUAGAUCCAAAUCUGAACAACAACCUCAGUUGGAUAAUUGGAAUGUUUCGGGGAAUGGUAUAAAGCAAAUGAUGAUUUUAACGAGGUUCAAUGAAUUGGAGAAAAGGGUAAAACAAUUCAAAGUUUUCGAUCUUGUUGAUUUAUUUCAUUUAAGAAUCUGGAAUUCUUUAUGUAUAAGUCAUAUUCAAAAUAGUAUUGGUAUGGGUAGACCAUUUGUUAUGAGUGAAGAUUAUUUUAAGAUUUGUGAAUUAAUUUUACAAUAUCCUCAAAUUAAUAUUGAAGAUCAAGUUAGAUUCGCAGAAUUACAAAUAUCCAAGAAAUGUUUUGAUAUGUUUUAUGAAUCUGAUUUAAUGUUGGAAGUUAUUAGAUUAGAUCAAUUUAUUAUUGUUGAUGAUGAAUUUAAAGUCAUUGAAUUGGCCGGGUUGAAAGAAUGGUUUCAUCAAAAUGAAGUGUUAAUUGAUCAAGAUAUUUCUAAUGUAUUGAUGUUUUGUUAUGAAUUUUAUCAUAUUAUAUUAACUAAAAGAAUAAUAAGUUCAUUUGGUAGUGGACAAGGACAUCAUGAUAAUGAUUUCAGAGUGGUUAAAUUUCAAAAAAUUGGAUUAAACAGUAUUAUUUAUUAUUCACAUGGAAUUAUCAAUAGAUUUUUAAAAUUGAAAAGUUUUUUAAUUAAAGGUUCACCAAAUUUCAUAUUGAAUUUGAUUAUCUAUACAAGUUUAACAUUAUAUGAGAAUUUGAAUCAAAUGCAAUUACAAACCAAGAAUUUAUCAAUUAAUUUAAUAACAAAGAUCUACUGGAGAUUGAAUCAGAUUGGAGAAAUGAAGAACGAUGCAACGGAUACGGUUGGGAAGAUCAUAAAGAACUUGGUGCUUGAUAAUUUAGGGCCUACAGAUCCAAGCAGUACAGUUAAUAUCAACAGCAACAGUGGUGGUGAUAAUAAUGAUUACAAUGUGUUUAGGAAUCAACAACAGCAGAUGAGUUCAUUGAGGUCCACCACGAGUACUACAGGAUCGGUUACUGAACAGAAUAAUGGGUUGUUUGAGAUCCCAGACGUUGGCAAGUUCGAUACGUUCGAGGACUUUUUCAGGGACAUGUUUACUCAGCACGGAGUGAGCCAGUGA